UCACUCGCAUAUUUUCAUUUUUAUUCUAUAGUUUUAUUAUAAUAAAAGAAAAAGAACGAUUUAAUAAAAAAUCAAACGGCGGUUGGCGUUCCUGGAGCUAUAGUUUCAAGGGUACAGAUCAAGUGGCCACACUACAUCUAACUACGCUCGAGAGUCGAGAACACCUGAAAACUUCUCCAAUUAACGCGAACUAACCGAGACUUCACAUCCAAUCGUCUUCCGUAAGAGUGAAGGGAGCUUGGCGCUUAGGGAAAUCCGGAGAAGAUGAUAGUGUGUGUCGCCGUCGUAGGCCAUCAGAACAAUCCUCUUUACAUACAGAGCUUCACCGACGCCGAUGAUGCUCUCAAGCUCCAUCACAUCGUCCACUGCUCCCUCGAUGUCGUCGACGAGCGAGUGAACAAUCCAAAAAAAUCUGGGCCGCCAUUGAACGAGACCUUUUUGGGAUUGCUUUAUCCUACAGAGAAUUAUAAAGUCUAUGGUUAUUUGACUAACACAAAGGUGAAGUUCAUUUUGGUGACGACGAAUUUAGAUGUUAGAGAUGCCGAUGUUAGAAAUUUUUUCAGGAGGUUCCAUGCUGCAUAUGUUGAUGCAGUCUCAAACCCAUUUCAUGUGCCUGGUAAAAAGAUUACUUCCAGAACUUUUGCAGAAAGAGUGAGCACAAUAGUCAAGUCAUUUGGGCUGAGUUCAGCUGGGUGAUUCUGGUGUGAGAUCAAAGCUUUUGAAUAACUUCAUUAAACUAGUAAAUUCUGUUAUUUUUGGUUCUCAUUACCGUUUUUCUUUUCCUUCUACCCUUUUUCUGCCUCACCUAGGAGUUUGAACUUACUUUUGUAUCAUUCAUGAUUGUUCAGGAUGUGAGUUGUAUCAUAGAUGAACAAGUGACUGAUAUUUUUCGUUUCUUCUAAUUAGAAAUUACUUUGUUAAUAAUGCUAAGUAUUUUUCUUUCAGCCAUAUCUGUUACUUGUUUUCACAUAUUGGCCAACGACAUACUAGUCAUUCAUGUUGAGCCCUUACAGAAUAUGGUCGCUGUAUUCAGACCAAAACAUGAUGUGCCAGCUCCAGCUAUUACAGCUUCUAUUGUCUGGUAUUUGGUAAAUGAUGUUUGAAUGUUCUUCAUCAAUACGACUCUUCAUUAGCCUAUGCUACAAUACCUUGAUUCUUUAUAGUUACAGAACCUUAUGCUUGCGUGAGACCAUGAAAUGCCCUUUUGCCAUUCUCAGAGCUCUUUGCA